AUGGGAGGAAAAUCAAGAGGAAAAAGGUCAGGUACUCGAUUUAAGUUUUCUAAAAAAUUUAGAAAACAUGGAGAAUGUACUGCAAAUAAAUAUCUAGAAAAAUUAAAUUAUGGUGAUUAUGUUGAUAUAGUAUGUGAUUCUACACAACAAAAAGGUAUGCCAUUUAAUUAUUAUCAUGGAAGAACAGGUAAAAUAUUUCAUAUAACCAAAAGAGGUGUAGGUGUAUUAGUAAAUAAAAGAGUUAAACAUCGUAUUGAACAAAAAAAAGUUUGUGUAAGAAUAGAACAUGUUAGAAAAUCAAGAUGUAAUGAAGAUUUCUUAUUAAGAAAAAUUAAAAAUGCUGAAUUAAUUAAAGAAGCCAAAUUAAAAAAUGAACAUAUAAAUAUAAAAAGAAAAACUGAAGGACCAAAACCAGCAGCUAUGAUUCAGGUACCACCAUCAAAAAUUAUUACCAUAGAACCAUUACCAUUUUAUGAAGAAUAUUAA